UGCAGCUUAUAUUAAUAAGCUUAAAUUCCAACCUGACUGUUGGAAAAAUUAGAUGCCUGCAACUUCAACAAUGGAAAAAAUGGAAAGUGAGAAAGGACUUGGAGAUCAACCUGGGCCAAGAGACUCCUACAAGAUUGCUUAUAUAAUCCAUUUUUUGCUUGGUGCUGGUAAUUUGCUUCCCUGGAAUGCUUUUAUCACGGCUGUCGAUUACUUUGGAAAUCUCUACCCAACCAGGCACGUUGAGAAGGUCUUUUCUGUAGCUUAUAUGAGUUCUUCGGUUGUAGUUCUAAUUUUAGUCAUAAGUCGGGGUGGUUGGAGCAAGAAACUCACUUACAGGUUGAGAAUGAACUUGGGAUUUUCCAUGUUUGUUCUCUCUUCAAUGGUGCCUCCAACAAUAGAUUGGUUUGGGAGACCAAAGGGAGCCUACGGUGUGACAGUAGCAUCGGUGGUGGUUUGUGGUUUAGCUGAUGGUUUGAUAGGAGGAAGUCUAAUAGGAUCAGCAGGAAAGCUUCCCAAAGGGUACAUGCAAGCUGUUUUUGCCGGAACUGCCUCUUCAGGGGUUCUUGUCUCCAUCUUGAGGAUUAUAACAAAGGCAUCACUCCCGCAGACUCCCCAAGGUCUCAGAACAAGUGCUCACUUCUAUUUUAUAGUUAGCACAAUUAUUCUGAUGUGCUGCACACUCUGCUGCAAUUUCUUAUACAAGUUACCAGUUAUGGAACAGCAUUUCACGCUUCUUCCAAACGAUGAUUCAUUGACUUCAAGGCCAACAUUUUGGGCGGUUGCAAGAAAAAUCCGUUGGCCAGUUUUCGGGAUUCUCAUCAUUUAUGUUGUUACUCUUUCAAUUUUCCCUGGAUUCAUAGCUGAAAGUCUUGCAUCCAAGUUGCUAGAGGAUUGGUAUCCAGUUCUUCUGAUAACGGUGUAUAAUGUUUCAGAUUUCGUAGGGAAAUCCUUAACUGCGAUAUAUGUUCUGAAGAGCAUCAAGAAAGCAACAUGGGCUUGCAUUCUUAGGCUUUUGUUCUAUCCGCUCUUUGCAGCAUGCCUGAAUGGACCCAAAUGGCUGAGAACUGAAGUGCCAGUGAUGUCGCUAACCUUUUUGCUUGGAGCAAGUAAUGGCUAUCUGACAAGCGUCAUCAUGAUCCUUGCUCCUAAGUCAGUUCCAGUUUUUGAAGCUGAGUUAUCUGCAAUUGUUCUGGUUGUGUUCUUAGGACUUGGGUUGGUUGGUGGUUCAGUUCUUGGCUGGUUUUGGAUCGUAUGAUCCAUUUCUGUUCUGAGGUCACGCGGCUGGUUGAUCCUGAAACAGCUAGAAAUCCAUAAUUAGAAAUUCAAUAACGUUGUUAACUAGAGCCAGCCUACUCCUAGAAGUAUGGAUAAGUCAAUUUAAAAUUUGAAUUAUAUGAAAAUUAAGAGUAUCAACCUGCAUUCCUGCAA